AUGUCGUCAAUCUUGCCACCCGAAGUCGUGUUGAUGGUGAUGCAACAUCUGCACACCAGUCCAGAUCCUGAAGAUGCGCGCGCACUCACCAACGCAUUGUGCACUUGCUCGACAUGGCGAGAUAUUGGGAUGGAUGUCCUGUGGACCGACAUCGUUCUCGACUCCCCAGAAUCAAUGCAGAGUCUUUGCGAUGCUCCUGCAAGCUCCGGCCUGAUCAGAACACGAUCUUUGACUGUCACGUUCCCCGAGCAAUGGUUCCUGUACGAAGAUUUCGGGCCAGGGCGUGGGAUUGUAUACCAUGUUUCACCCACGACGUAUUGUAUGGAGGCCAGCGAGGCCACACAGGGAGUACAUCAAGCGUUACGGGCGCUAUCUCAACGACUGCCUGCGAUGAGCGGCCUCGAAACCUUCUCGUUCCGAAUUCAAGCACCCAUCAUCACGGCUAGACGACCGAACUCGCCAAUGGAAUGGCCGCGAGGCUUCUUCAUACCUCACGACAUAGUUCAUGGAGUCAUACAAUCACUACCACCAUCAGUCCGUCAUCUCGAGCUCGACACGAGAGGCGCCGACAGGAUCUGCGAAGGCCGCAUGGAUCUGGAUGUAUGCGCGGCGUUGGCUGAUCGCCUCCAAGGUCUCACCAGUCUUCGCCUACGAAUGCAGCGCAUCUGUCCUCAGCUAUUCAGGCCAUCGACCAGUCUGCGCUCGCUGAUUAUCAAUACCAUCGACAUAGCUUGUGUCACGCUCACCUAUUCAUGUCAAGAUGUUGUACCAGAGAAAGACCGAUUCCACCCAGUUCUAUACUGGAAAGACCGUCACACCAGACGCGGGCAUUCAACCCGAGCUGAACUGGUGCGUGCACUGCAGUCAUUCCUUCCAGACCUUCCAAAUCUACAGAAGUGUCUGGUUGUUGAUGCAGAGCGUUUUAGAUACGGCAGGCGAAGUGUAGGAAUGCUUCAUGUGAGGGAUUUUAUCGGAAAUCUUACGACCACAUUUCCAAUCUUUGACGUCAAUGGUCCGCAUGGCCCGCGAGGCUGGCAGAUCCUGCGCAUACCUGCUGAGCAAGGCGACAGCCACGAUAUUGCCGGUGGCAUUGCUCGACUCGAAGACAUCGCUGAAGGCCGUCAGUGGCAAUCGACUAUGUCCGGAUUACGUCUGCCAACUUCCCUGAAGGAUAGCUCCGAAGGCCGUCGUCACGCUUGGGUGCGGAAUCAAGAUGCGAGCUUUCCAGCCGCCAGUACCGAGAUCAAGAUGCUUCAUGCCGACGAGGCGGUCGGGCCAUUCCUGACAAAGAGAGAAUUCAUCGAGCUCAUCAAAAAUGAGUCCGUGGCAAGCGACGGGAUCUGGGGCGUCGAAGUCUGGUCGCACGAAGACGAAGCAGGCCGCCUACUGGUGAAUGUUCGCGUAAGCGAAGGAGUCGAUGACGUCGAGCCACUGCUACGGGAUGAGUACGAGGGAGAUGAUGAGCAUGGAGACAGCGAUGAAGAGGACGACGAGAGCGACGAAGAGAGCACCGAAUUUUACGACACGAGCGACGGAGAGUACGACAUAAGCGACGAAGAGGGCGGUGAAGAGGGCGGCGAAGAACGCGAGGAAGACAGCGAUCGUGUUUCGGAUUAA